UGUUUACUUCUUUGAAGUUUUGUAGUACCUACUGUUUACCAUGCACACUUCUUGAUUCAUGCUGAAAAUUGGAAUUCACCCAUUUCUCUUUUUCCUGUCUAAGAUGCAGAUGGGGCACAUUUCGUUGACUCCAUCAAUCCCUGCCCCCCACGCAUUAGCACAUGCACACGUAUACCUAGCCAGUGGAAAAGAAAAAAGAGUUACUCACAUUCAUCCAUUUUACAAAGAUUUCCAGGCUGCAAUGGGAGGGCUUUACCUCUCCCUGAAGGAUGAAUAAAUAGGUAGCUUUACUGACAACCUGUUCACAGUCAAACUGCAGUGAAAACUGAGACCAAGGUCUUACUCUACUGGCACUUAUGAGAUCCAGUGCUGGCAACAUGGAGAAGAUAGUCAUCUGCCUGAUGGUCAUCUUCUUGGGGACAAUAGCCCAUAAGUCAAGCUUCCAAGAGAAGGAUCUCCUCUUGAUUAGAAUGCGUCAACUUAUAGAUAUUGUUGAUCAGCUGCAAAAUUAUGUGAAUUAUUUGGAACCUGAACCUCUGCCAGCUCCAGAAGACGUAAAGAGACACUGCGAACGGUCAGCUUUUUCAUGUUUUCAGAAGGUCCAACUAAAGGCAGCAAAUACAGGAGGCAAUGAACAGAUAAUCAGUGUAUUAACUAAACAGCUGAAGAGGAAACUACCUCCCACAAACUCAGGCAGAAGACAGAAACACAGACCAACAUGCCCCUCAUGUGAUUCUUAUGAGAAAACAUCACCGAAAGAAUUCCUAGAAAGAUUGAAAUCACUCAUCCAAAAGAUGAUUCAUCAGCAUCUCUCCUAGAACAAAUGAGAUACGAAGGUUCCUGAGGAUCUAACUUGAAGCUGGACACUAUAUUACAUACUCUAACACAGUAGUGAAACUCACUUCUUGGUAUUCUAAAUGGAGGAGUACAACAUAUUGGUGAUGGGGAAAAAGACUCAGAUCAGUAUUUCAAGUCAGGAUUAUUUCCCCCCAGUUACUAUACAGUUCUUCAGUUUGAUCCACAUGCUCUGUAUCUGGUCAACUUGAAAAAGCUGUCUAUUCAAUUAAGUCUGAUUUCCUAUGUUAUGGAUUUCUAUGGUUUCUAAAAUUUUUACUUUAUAUUAGUGCCCAAAUAUGGCAUUCCUUGAUGGAGAGAGAAGCUUAAAUUUUUUUUUAAGCUUAAAAUUUUUAACCAAAAACAUGGUUUGGGAAUUUAGUGGUCUUGUAUUAACCUUGACCUUGAUUAGCACAGGAAUGAGGUGUCUGAUGAUCAUUAAUUUAAAAGUUAUAUACCUUCAUUCAAGAUGAGAAAUAUAGAAGCAUAGGGUCAAGAUGAAAUGUUGGUCUUUAUUCUCUUAAGGAAAUGGAAACUGAGUGUUUAAAAAUGUAUAUCUGAAGAGUUUAUUUUUUAUCUCAGAAUAUCUAACAUAUAAAUAUAUAGUUUAUUUAUGUGCCAGGAGAUAGCUUUACUAGAUGGCUACAGAAAAAGGUCUUAUUUCUUUAUUGGGAUUUAUCAAAAAUAUUUAAAUACUAUAGAUAUGAAUGUAUUUAUGGAAUACACUCUUGUAGUCUUUUUUCUUUAAGUCGUUUUAACAUACCUUCCCCAGUUCAAGUCCCCUUAUAAGCUAACAUUUUAAGCUUGUGGAAAUGGCAAUUAAAACGUAUAGAGGGACAUAUUCAGGUGGUAUUCUGGAACAAAAUGCAUUUUAAGCAAAGUCUUGUAGCUCUCUUCUCAAAUUGUUAUAAUGAUUACAUGGGAGCGAGCUAGUAACUCCAAAUGUCUGUCACCUUUCUUCCUUUCUUUUCUUUCUUCUUUUGAACGUGACAGACACUUUGUGCUUGCAUGCUUUGCAUAAGGCAAAUUCAAUCACUUGUAUCAAAUCAAAAUAAGGAGACAAAUCAAGAGGCCAAGACUUCUGUCCUAAUAGAAAACAGACUUUUGCAUAAACAUUCCAAUUUUUCAACCAUGGAUAGUAAAAGUAAGCAACCUGUUCUAACUGCCAUUUCUUAUCAACUCCAGCAGAGUUUAUUUAAAUAUGAAAUUAAAAACUCUAGGAAAAUAAAAUUUUUGCUAGAAUGUCAUAAGCUAUUUGAGAAUCUCUUGUUGUUAAAAUGGCUGUGAACGUGCAAGAGGAUGUGGGAUGGGAAAUACUGUAUGUUCUGAGAAGAAAAAUUAUCUACUUAGAAGUAUUUUUUUUAAGUACAGAUAAAUUUAUAGUUCUAAAAGAUAUAUUAGCUGUCAAUUAUUUCAUCAAAUCUCAAUGAAAUGUGUUAUCAAAAACACGGUAUUCUACCUUAAAAUUUUAAAAUGUUAUCACAAAGGGAUCAUGUAAACAAUAAUGAUGAUAACAUGCAUGUAGAGCCUACCUAUGUGUCAAAUGGUGCCAGCCCACAUUAUUGGGAUAAAAGCAGAAAGCAGCCACAAAGUUGCCUAGGGAAGGAUGAAGUCUGUAUUUCUUGUUUUUGGCUUUAUAGUUGGUGACUUCUUUGACACUGUGAUUUUAUAUUUAAAAUAAUAUAUUUAUUUUGGUGUGUUUACUGUUAAAAUCUCUGUUCUAAUCCUUUGACCAGAGAUUCUACCUUAAGAGUAAAAAUAAUUUAACGGGGUGUUGGUUAAGAGCCUUCACUAAACUGAGUUUAAAGACUCAGGUAAAGAUCCUAGCAACACUCCAAGAAAAGCACUGCAUUGAAAUAAACAAGAUGAAGAAGUAAGACAUGAACAGCUCCAUCUUCACUGCUCUGUGUUCAAGACUUAAGCAGCCCUCAAAAGAGAUAGAGGCUUACCUACGAACAUUACUGUUCACCUACAGAUGGUGAUACAGGAGGCCUAAAAUCUUGCUGGCUGUGAAAUCAUGGUCACUUGCUUAAAUUUGGGGGGUUUCCAUUUCCCUAUCUGUAGAAUGAGGAUGUUGGACUGAAUCUCUAAAGUCAAUUCUACCUUUUUUAGAGCUUUUUGUGUCUAUGAAUGUCUAAAGUUCUGGAUGUUCUGGAUACUCUUACAGGAACAUCUAACCAUACUCUGAGUAAAACUUUCACUAAAUCUGAUGUUCAAUUGAACAACCUUAUUCAAUAGCAUUUGUAGCAACACUCACUGCAGGAACAAAGAAAAUGUUCCCCUCUCCCCCCCAAAAAAGGAAGGAAGAAAGAAAAAAAAAAGGAGAAAAACAUUGCAGUAGGUCAUGGAAGUUCAGGGAAAAUUAAUCAUGAUUUUUACUACUGUAGCUGAAAGUGUCUUCUUUGGACACUUGUAUAAAAUUGUAGCAUUAUUAUUCUAUAUUAUUGCUCUGUUGUAUUUACACUUGCAUCUGAGAAUUUAGUUUUAAUACAAACUAUGUACUUUAUAACUUAAUAAUUAUUUAUUAUAUAUUUGGUUUUAAAUGUUUAUGUUCAUGGCUUCUUAUUUAAGACUUGAUCAUAUUAAAUACUUCCCAGUCAGUACAACUGUUUUUGUGAUUCCCUGGAAACCCUUAAUUCAAUAGUCUUAGCAGAAAAUAAAAGAUGAUCCUCAGUUUCUGGG